AUGUCAGACACAGAUGAUAUGAACGAUCCGAGCUCAAGUUCUCAACACUUUAUUAACUCUUUGCCAGCUGGAUGCGGUCCUCAACGAGAUAUCAGUUUGGAAGCUGUCUGGUCGUUGUCCUCGUGUAAAGUCGGUAAGGAACUUUUGAGAGUUUUUAAUUAUUAGAACGCAUUAAGUGUAAAAGUUUGAGUAAGAACGCUGAAUUAUGUUUCUUUUUCUAUUAUAGUAGUUUGUUGGUCAACUUUGUAUUGAAUGUACAAAAUAAAAUAAGCGGGACAUUUAGAGGGUUUUGGCAUUAAUCAACUACUAGAUGACAGAACUACAUUAUUCUGGCAAAGUGACGGUCCUCAGCCGCAUACAAUUACAAUCGAGUUCCAGAAAUACACAGAGAUCUCGUUCUUGCUGUUGUACUUGGACUGCAAGGCAGAUGAAUCUUAUACUCCACAAAAGUAAGGGAAAACAGGUUAGUUUUAUAUAGUUUUAGGAUUCAAGUAUACACUGGCCAUUCUAUCUUAGACCUGGAAGAUCCACCGAAGACGAUAACACUUAGCGAGCCUGUUGGGUGGCAGGUAGGCACUUUAAUUAAUUCUAACUGAAUACACAACUACAAAUUACUUGAACAUACACUGUUGUAUUUUAGGCAAUUGAUCUCCGCCGCGAUAAGCAGAAGUUUGUACGGGCUUUCGUGGUCCAAGUUCAGAUACUACAGAAUCAUCAGAACGGAAGGGAUACCCAUGUUCGAGCAUGCAAAGUGUUAGGACCGAUUCAAGAAGAAAUGAGUACCAGAAAGACCAUUACCGUAAAAGACAGGGAAUUCAAAAAGACAAUUCAGGACGACCUGCUGUUACUCGAUCACUGCAUGCGGUAA